CGUGAAGUCACGUGAAUGUCUUAUUAUAUAUGGCUGUAAUAAUAAGGUCCUCUGCCUCUGCCUCUCCUCUCCUUUGAUAGACUGUUUUUUUCUGUUACCACCCUAUUCUGCUCUUUCUUCUCCUUUGCCUCCUACAACUUCCACUUUCAGUGGACACAGUUCUGAUCUCUCCAUGACUCCUACUUAUCAUUCAUCUUUUCCUCCUUUUACUAUAGACCUUAAUGAAGAUCAACAUCACCACCAGCUCAUCUUCUGCUCGAAAACUACUACUGAAGAUGCAUCUUCAUCUUCUUCUAUAUCCUACCCCAUUUUUAUUAACCCACCUCAAGAAGAAGUUGGAUAUUACCAUAAAGAGUUGCAGCCUUUACACCAUCAGGAAGUGGAUAACAUAUAUGCUUCGCAUGGUAGAUCAUGGGAUCAUCGAAUAAUUAAGAACGAGAACGAGAAUGGCCAAGAAUUAUCUGUUUGCAAGAAAGAAGACAAAAGUACUAGUAUUGAAGAUCAAAGAGACAACAGUUCCGUUAAGUGGAUGUCUUCAAAGAUGAGGUUGAUGAGGAAGAUGAUGACUACGGAUCAAACGGUCAAUACUACACAGCAUACAUCUUCUAUGCACAAGCUUGAGGAUAAAGAGAAGAGCCGAUCAUUACCUUUACAAGAUGAUUAUAGCAGCAAAAACUUGUCUGACAACAGUAAUAACACAAUUAGGGUUUGUUCUGAUUGUAACACUACAAAGACCCCUCUUUGGAGAAGUGGACCACGAGGUCCUAAGUCACUUUGCAACGCCUGUGGAAUUCGACAAAGAAAGGCGAGGCGAGCCUUGGCUGCAGCUCAAGCAAGCGCAAAUGGGACAAUUUUUGCUCCUGACACAGCAGCCAUGAAGACUAACAAGGUGCAAAACAAAGAGAAGAGGACAAACAAUAGUCAUCUUCCAUUCAAGAAAAGGUGCAAAUUUACAGCCCAAUCUCGAGGCAGCAGAAAGAAACUUUGUUUUGAAGAUUUAUCAUCAACGAUCUUGAGCAAGAAUUCAGCUUUCCAACAACUUUUUCCUCAAGAUGAGAAGGAAGCUGCAAUUCUACUAAUGGCUUUAUCUUAUGGCCUGGUUCAUGGUUGAGUUCUUGCAACAUCUUUUCUCCAAUUUUCAGAUAUUACCUUAAUCUCUUUGCUUAGUAACAAUUUAUAGUAGAGUGAGGCAGUGAGCUAGCUAGCUAUGCAUAUUUUGUUCGAGAAAGAUUGUUUGAUUUGUGAGGAGAAAAAAAGAAAUGAAAUAAAAAAAGAAUCAUCAAUAAGUAGAUUGUUGUGAUCUAGGAGCUAAUUCCAGUGAAUUUGAGCAGGUUGAUAACCAGAUCAUGGAUCUCCUGUUCAUCUACGUACUGUUGUGUGUUGUCAAGCUUAAUAAACCGUGUCCAAGGUUUUUGUUUUCA